AUGCUAGCUUUACUCAAGGAGCCAAAUGCAAACGAAGCAGAGGCUACUCCGGCUCUGACUCCGGCGUCGGCGAAGGGUUAUGCAUCUUUUUUGUGGGGAGAAACAAGGGUGCAUAAAGUUGUGGGUGGGAAUGAAGCUGAAGCUGAGGGUGAAGAUGGAGCUGAAGCUAAGGAUGAAGAGGAAGGGAAAGGUAAUGAUGAGGUUGGUGGGUUGGAGAGAGGUGAGGGAACAGAGGAACAAAUGCCCUUACACAUCUAUAGGAUCACAACCGAUGAUGAAUCCCAUUGUCUAGGAGUGGUGCUGAUUGUUGAGUGCGAAGAUGCACACGAAUUACAUGAGAAAGUUCUAGAUGUUAUAUUUGAAAAUGGGGUUUUGGAAGAAUACGACACGCCUUCGAUUGAGGAGUUCACAGUGCUCUGUCUUCAAAUAAAUGGAGAUAGUUUCUUGAGGGUCAAACUUGAAAUUCCUUGGGGCAUCUUCCGACACUUAGUGGAUCAAGUAUCUUCUUUUGAUGGGACUUUGUUAGAUAUUUAUCGAAGAACUAAAGAUGAGGAAACUGAAUUGGUUGGUUGGAAAGGGGUUCAGAUUAAAGAUUGCAACGGUAACAUAGAAGCUUUGGAUGAAAUGGUCAUGAAUUAUUUCUCAGUUCAUGGUGAUAUUGAUGCAUGUACCUUGCUUUACUACACCAAGCUUAGGAAUGGAUUUGAUAAGGAGCUAAGUUUGGAGAUCGAAAGGGACGUAUUCACCCAUUUGGUAUGA